UUGACACUUUCCCUAUUGUUUCCGGCGCAGAAUUUGAAAAUUUCGAAUAUUUUGUUUUGAAAAAUGCGUGAUUAUUUUUAGAUUCAUGAUAAAAAUUUCAAGACUUUUCAUCAACGAAAGAAGAAUAUUUUCCUUUAACCUAAUUAGAAACGUAAACAUGAACCACAAAGUGUUUGUUUACGGAACACUGAAACGUAACGAGCCCAACCACCACUGGCUUGCGAACCGUGAGAACGGCUACGGCAAGUAUGUAGCAGACGGAGUGACCAAAACCAAGUAUCCGUUGAUUAUUGCAACUCGGUACAACAUUCCGUUCCUGCUGUAUAGCCCUGGAGAUGGACACAAUGUCCGAGGAGAAAUCUACCAAGUAGAUGACGACAUGCUUAGCAAGUUGGAUAUUUUGGAAGAUCAUCCUUCGUACUACGUUAGAGAACUAGAUGAUAUCACUGUGGUGGGGAAAGGUGAGGUUCCCGAAGUGAAAGAGAUGAAAUGCUGGGUGUAUUUCCUGAAGAAGUUCAAGCAAGACCUGAUGACGCGGCCUCUUCUGGAGGUGUACUCGUCGAGAGGCGGUCACGGGCUGCCCUACAUGGAAAGAUUAUCGAAAAAGACUAACUCUGAUGAAUUUAUGUCCAUUGUGCGAUGAAAAGAAAAGAAGGAAACUAAAAUACUACUUUUCUUAAAUUAUUGUAUUUUGAAAUAACGGUGUACUUUGUCCUUUUUGUUACGAUAAAUAUGUAAACUUCCAAGUUAAAGCUGCGCAGGGAGGUUAGUAUGUUUCUAAAUCUUUCUUUUUCUUUUUUUACAGCAACAAUGAGUCUACUAUAGAUGAUCUGGAUGAUGUAUUCCCAAAAAAAUAAGACUUGAUUUUAUUUACUUAAAAAAUUUAAUCAUGUUUCUAUAUUUCACUCAUUUAUUGUUCCUUUUAAUUACGUAGUAUGUGUAUGUACCUUAAGAAUAGUAUUAGAUUGUCUCAAAAUACCUAUAACUUUAUUAAAUUGUCAAUUAUUAAUCCUUGUAAUUUGUUAGUUAAAUAUA